AUUAUAAAUUUCGCAUAUUUUUUUAUUAUUUUUGUUGAAAUUUGAAACUUUCAUUAUUCAAUUAUUGUUUAAAUAAAUUAUACUUUUUUUUGUUUUUUUUUUCGAACUGUUACUUAAGUUGUUGAAUUUGAUGUAAUAAAAUAAUAAAUAAUCUUAGUUUUAAAAUGCCGUGUGAAAUGAUAACGGUCCAAUUAGGCCAAUGUGGAAAUCAAAUUGGAUUUGAAUUUUGGAAAAAACUAUGCGCCGAACAUGGUAUCAAUCCAGAAGGAGUACUGGAGCCAUUUGCUACAGAAGGUGUUGGCGACCGAAAAGAUGUAUUUUUUUAUCAGGCUGAUGACAACCAUUAUGUGCCAAGAGCUGUUUUGUUAGAUUUGGAACCUCGUGUCAUACAUUCAAUUAUGUCAUCCAAUUACUCAAAACUAUACAACCCUGAAAAUGUAUAUCUAUCUAAACAUGGUGGUGGUGCUGGAAACAAUUGGGCAUCAGGUUUUAGUCAAGGUGAAAGACUACAAGAAGAAGUGUUUGACAUAUUAGAUCGUGAAGCAGAAGGAGGUGAUAGUCUUCAAGGAUUUGUAUUGUGCCAUUCAAUUGCUGGGGGUACAGGUUCAGGAAUGGGUUCGUUUAUACUUGAACACUUAACUGAUCGAUAUCCAAAAAAAAUAAUCGAAACAUAUAGUGUAUUUCCAAAUCAAGAUGAAAUUAGUGAUGUAGUCGUACAACCUUAUAAUUCGUUAUUGACUUUAAAACGACUUGCACAGAGUGCAGAUUGCGUUGUAGUCUUAGAUAAUACAGCAUUAAAUCGAAUUGCUACUGAUCGAUUACACAUAGAAAAUCCGUCAUUUGCUCAAAUAAAUUCAUUAGUGUCUACAAUCAUGUCUGUUUCAACUGCUACUCUAAGAUACCCAUCAUACAUGAACAAUGAUUUAGUUGGUCUCAUUGGACCUUUGAUACCAUCACCACGUUUACACUUUCUUAUGACAGGUUACACACCAUUAACUACUGAUCAUGAGGAUGCUAAUAUUCGUAAAACUACAGUUUUUGAUGUAAUGAGACGGUUAUUGCAGCCAAAAAAUAUGAUGGUAUCCACAGCACAAGAAAGAUCUACCAUACCACAUUGCUACUUAUCUAUAUUAAAUAUAAUACAAGGUGAUGUUGAUCCUACACAAGUAUACAAAUCACUCCAAAGAAUUAGAGAAAGAAAAACUGUAAAUUUUAUUAAUUGGGGUCCAUCCAGUAUUCAAGUUGCUCUUUCAAAGAAAUCACCCUAUGUUCCCACUGCGCACCGUGUAUCUGGUCUUAUGUUAGCCAACCAUACAAGCAUAUCUCAACUUUUCCAAAGAGUUCUGGAUCAGUACGAUAAACUGCGACACAGAGAAGCGUUUUUAGAUCAAUUUCGUAAACAAAAUAUGUUCAAAGAUGAUCUAUGUGAGAUGGAUGAUUCUAGAGCUGUAGUUCAAAAUCUUGUAGAUGAGUAUUUGGAAGCCACUAAGGACACAUAUCUUCAAUGGCAACCUAAAAAUGUUGUCAAUAAUUAAGGAAGUCGGAAAGUUCAUUAUUUUCACCUACUAACAUUCAUCACAAUUUUGUUAAAUUAUAUAAUUUUCUAUAAUUAUAUCUAUUUAACUAUUUUUACAUUUUGUUAAAAAAUAACUUAUUAUUUAUAGUUACUAACAUCUAACAUAUUGAUCUGAAUUCUCUGUUUAUUGAAUUUUUUUUUUUUUUUUGUGUGUUUGUUACUAAAUAAUGUAAAGAUUCAGUAAUUACCACAUUAUUAUAGUAAAAAUACUUAUAUUUCAUAUAACGAGUUUAAAUUCACAUUAUUAUAUUUUUUCUUAUACUUUUUCAAUGAACUAGAUUAAAAUGCAAUUGAGUCUAAUGAUAUGUAUAAAAAUCUAUUUAGGGUAACUAAACUAAAAUAUAGAAAAAAAUAAGAGUUAAAAAAAAUUCUUUUAUAGUGUCAUUUUAUGCACAAUAUUGACUGAUUGUUUUUUUUAAUUUUUUUUACUUUUGUCUUGUAAACAAAUUAUUUAAUAAAAAUAUUCUAUAGUUUUAUUUAUGAUUUAAAUAAUAUAUAUUUGUCAUAAAAAAAUAGUUGUUUUAUUUUUUUAAAACUAAAUAAUUGACAAUACAGUAGAACCUUGAUUAACCGUCAGUCUCAGGACCAGAGCUUUGACAGUUAAGCGAGCAAUAACAUUUUUUUUUAAACAUACAUACAUAUUAUUUAUUAUUAUUAUUUAGUAAUUAUGAUAAACUUAAAAUAUUUGCACACAAAGAGACUAAAAACGCGAACGGUCAAGUGAACGAACACACGUGUAAUAUAUAACUAACUGACUUUUCAAAAACAAAAUGCGAUCACAAUUAACUGUUUUUAUCUCACCCAUAAUAUUUAUAUAUACAUAUGUACCUAUGGAGUAUCUAGUAGAUAUUGCCAGAAAGUUUCGGAUUAUAUAUAUAUAUUAUUAUUAUUUACUGCAAUGCAUAAGUAUUCCGUGCAAACGUGCCUGACGGUUAACUGAGAAAAACUGUUAAUCGGGGGAUGGAUAAUCGAGGUUCUACUGUACUUUAUGAAAUUUAUAAUAUUAGAAGUUAAUAAAAUUUCAAAUUAUAAGCUCCAAAUUUCAUUCAUUUAUUAUAAUUAAUUGUUAAUAAUGAGGUUUUUAAAAAAUAAAAUAAAUUUUAAAUGUUGUUUUACCAAAUUUUCCAAUUAUUGUUUAUAAAUAACAAUAUAAUUUUAAAGUUAUGGCUAUCGUAGUUAGAUGUUAUAACUAUAGUUUUAUUCAUAUACAAAUAAAAAUUUCAAUUAUGAUAAAAACAUUAUA